GCACCGGGGAGAGCGUUGACAGAGCAGGGAGUCCACCUGCAGGUCAGUGACCGGCGGCGCAAGCGGCGUUGGCUGAGACGGAGGUCCGCCAGGAACCGGGAAGUACCCCGAUGUCGUUGGCCGCCGCCGCCGCCAACAUCGGCCGGGAACAGGAGCGGGAGCAGGAUAAGGGCGGGGACGAGGGCAAGCACGAGGGCGAGGAGGUGUCUGAGUGGUGGGUCUUCCCCUUCCUGCUUCACACAGCGGCGUACAGCCCGUGGAGCGGUCAGGCCCCGUCGGAGUGGAAGCACCUCGACUCUUCGGACGGGCCGUCUAUAAAGCGGAAGGGCGGGGACGUCACCGUGGACUCUGAAAACCCCGUGUGCAGCCCCGCGGUGAUGUCGCGCCUUAACCCCAACGGCGACGCUUUGAGCCGAAGCAGCAGGAGAGGAAAGCAGCGGCCGACAAGGAACUACAAGAAGCCCGGAAGGAAGCCCUUGAGACGAAGAAGGGCCUGGCCGCCUUGGAGGCUGCGAACACACACAUCGAGACCAUAGGCGCGAACAUGAAGAGGAUGGUCGAGCUCAAGCAGG